AUGAUUAAUGAAGAUAACCAAAGGAAAGGAGAAUGCAAGAGUGAUGAAGAAAUCGUACCAGAAUCAGGUAAAUGCACUUCAAUGAGUUGUUUUUUUUGCAACAACAUUAACCACAAUAGCAUAUUCGUAAAGUAUGUACAUGCAUUCUUAGACAUUAUUAAAGUGCAUGUAAUUAGAGUGUAAAUUAUAUACAUAUUUUAGACAUCAUGAAAUUUAAACAUGUAUGACAUACAGAUACCACCUUUCGAACACAGACCUUGUCAUACACCCUUUUCAUAAAUGGCUGCCGAUCAAAAAUUCUUUUAUGUACAUAUAAAUUGGCCCAACUGGCCUCGUUUCUGAGUAGAAAUUCCUUUGAAAUCUUAACAUGAGUACGAGGCUAGUUGGGCCAAUUUAUAUGCACAUAAAAGAAUUUUUAAUCGGCAGCCAUUUAUGAAAAGGGUGUAUAGGGUUACAGAAAUGAAGGAAAUGCUGCAAUCCAUAAAGAAAUUCAACAUAUUCUGGCGUAUUAAUAUAGUUUAUACAAAAAGUAUUUGCUUCUAGAGCACUGAAGCAUAGGAAUUAAUCACAAGGCAACAUGUAGUUCAAAACCACUACACAACAACUUGCCCAUAUUUGAUUGUAUCUUAGCUAUCUAUUCCUUUGCAUUUUAAAGUCUGUUUCGAAAAGAUACGCAAUUCAGUAUGGUCAAUUGCAAAAGACACUGAAGAAUAAAUAUACAGUUGAACUAGUAGAGUAGGAAUAUAUUUAAAGUUAGGGGGCUGACUAGUAAAAUAUUGAAAAAACGUGGCUCGAAAAUACCUUUCCUUGCACUGGCACCAAAUUAAGAAAUUUGGAGAAAAAUUUAUAAUUUAUUUUGGCGGUUUGGAUGACUUGGCGAGGGUAUAAUUGCCUGCAUGCAAAUUGGUAUAAUUGAAAUACCUGACGAUGCAAUAUAUAUGUAUCGGAAUAUACGGAUGUGGUUUGGUUCAGAAAAUGCGAAAGAGUGCUCGAUAUCAUAUAUAGAUAGAGCAAAAAUAGUCGUUUUACCUCCACAACAGCCUGUUUCAUCCAAGAGGAAUCAUCAGGUGACUGACAAAUUUCGAAAAGUGAGCUGCUUAAAUGGGGGGAGGGGGGAACGGGGUGAAUAGGUUUUCGGAUCGUCGGAUUUCACAGAAAAAAUCGUUCGGAUUUCGGAUCUGGCGAAUAUUUUACACGGAUUUGCGGAUCUUAUUAAUACAGCGGAUUGCGGAUUUAUCUAAUAUUUUGCCUUGGAUUGUGGAUUUAGCUUGCAAUUUAGUUCGGAUCCUGGAUUGUGACUUCGUAGUAGAUCUUUUAACGGAUUCGAAUUUAGACAAGACCAUUGUCGGAUCGCGGAUUUUGCUUCGAACUUCACCACCUCCUUAAAAGUUUAUGGUCGGAAAGUGGGCGUCAAACAAUACAUGCAUUCCUCCCAUUGUUAUCAUUGUUUACUAGAAAUUUCUUUUUGUGAUUACAUGCAUGCCGACACUAUUUCCAAUUUAUAAUAAUUUUAAUUUAUUGUUAAGUUAAUUUAUUGUUAAGUUAAUUUAUUAUUAAGUUGCAUAAGAACUUACUGAAAAGAUUUUCUGCGUUAGAGAAGAGCUGCGCCAUCGCUGCAUGACUUGAGUUGACGGCAUCGACAUGUUCACUCUAUUAAUAUUUCAGGUAAAAUAUAAAGAGAUGCUCACUUGCUUAUGAUCGUUCAAGGUUUUAAAUUUUAGUAAUUCUUUUACUUUAAUAGUUAUUAAUACGAUCAGUUUCGCCAAUAUUUUUCCAUUGUCCUUUAAGGACAACCAUGCUGUCUCCGUUGCACAUAUAGAUAUAUAAAUAUUAUUCUUUCACUUUUGACUUUAUACGUUCGCUAGUAAUACAAACGGCAUCCACAAAUUUAACAAUUUUAAAAAGGAUGCUUUUGCUAUGUAACUUUGCUAUAUGUGAGAAUAAUCUACAUCGUGUUUCGUUCGCUACUCUGGUUUAAAUAAAUGAUUACAAAGCCCAGUCGAAUUGUAAUCAAGACCCAACGUUUCGACACUCCAGUCUAGUGUCUUCAUCAGGGGUGAUCUAAAAUUGCAAUCGUGAAUUCUUAAAUACCCAAGGGAUGAUGUCACCUGCCAAUGGGAUGCAUAUAUUCCUCUGGCAAACAGGCACCGUCAUCCCUAUUCAAAGCAUGAUAACUUAUAUUUAUAUGCUACGCUUCUAGGCAAAGUCUUUGACCAUAGCAAUUGUUUGGGGUAAUUACUUUAGAGUUUUCCCACGCAAUCUCGUGUUUGGUGUAACAUACAUGUUCCGCUAAAGAUGAUUUUCCCUGGUCUAAAGUUGAAACAGCCUUUUGAUGUUCUUUUAGCCGUGUACCAAACUCGCGUUUAGACUGUCCCAAAUACUCUUUCUCGCAGUCACCGCAUGGUAUAGAAUAUACAGCAUGAGUUUUUGCUGUUUUAAGAGAGUUGUUUUAAUUUUGACUUUGCGAAAGUAUGGCCUAAGUCAAAUAGGGUUUUAAGGCAACCUUAAUAUUACAAUUACUUGAGAUUCUCUUGAUUGGUUCUGUGACGCCUUAAAGGUAUGGAACUAUUGCAUAACCCUUAACAGAGGUAUCACCCUCGGAGUUAUUUUGGUUCUUACAGACAGGUGAUCUCAGGCAAUCAUUAAGAAAACGCUUUGGGUAAUUGUUUUCCCCUAAAAAUAAUGUACAUGUUUAUAGGCUGCUUAUUUUUAAUAUUUUACACAAGGCUGCCAAACAGUCUGACUUGAAGAGAGCUUUCACAAAAUAUAAAACCGGUUUUGCAAGUUCUCAGCCAUGGAAAUGAGAUUUAUAUCGCGUGCCACCAGAGGGUCUCUUCGCCUCGCGUACAAUAAAUACGAGCGGGAAUAAGGCGAAAGACACGAGAACCUCUGGGAACCAGGGUAGGCUUAACCUCCUUCUGAAAAAAUGUCACUUAUACACCAGUGGGAAUAUAAUGUAUAUGUCAUUUUUGAGUUUUAAUUUUUCCAGUGCCGGAUAAAGGAUUUUGGCUUCAAAAUCAGAACCUCAGUAAGUGCUUGAAACUAGUCGAAAAUGAUAAGAUCAUUGGGACAAGUUGUACAUCGCCUACUCCUCCUGAUAUGCUUUGGAUAUGGACAAAUAGAACAGAAAGACUUCUCAUGAAUGUUAAAACACUCGAAUGUAUGGAAAGACAGAGUUUUGACAAUGGUAAGGUCUCAUUGGAGCCAUGUACGGUGACGAUAAGGUGGCAGAGAAUGACGUGCACCAAAGAGCAAUAUGGAAUUAAGAUUCGCUGGAAGGAAGUGCGCGAUCCAUUUCUGCAUCUGGACAACAAUUUUGACGUAAUUAGCAAAGAGAAUGGCAACCAGCUAUGGAAAAGUAAUGAAAGAAAUCUUUGUGAUGCCAAUAUAACUUACGCAGGUACAGAAUGA